AUUAGUUUUAAUAGUUAAUAUUCAAAGUUAAAAUAAAGUCUAUUCAUCAAUCUCUAGAAUGAUUUAUUGUUGGAAUAAAAAGAUCGUCAAUUCAAUGAAACUGGUACUUUAUCCAAGUUUUUGAAUAUACAAGAACGAUCUAUACUUUCAUUGAAUGUACUAAUAACAAUACAAAUUGUUGAUAUUUCUGAUCCUUCCAUGGAAUAUCUAUCAUAGUGAUUAAUUCAAUGAACAUUGAUAUAUCUUUGAACUUGAUUGGUUAGAAUAAAACAUUCAAUACUUAAAAGAUCUAGUUAAACAAUAAUAAUCAAUAAACAUGACUGAACAAAUCCCAUUUCAACGUACAUCAACAUUAAAACAUCGUAUUAGUAGAACUGGUUCAGUUGGACAAGAUAAUAAUAAUAAUAAUAAUAAUAUAACUGGUAGUAUCAAUAUAUCUAGUGGAAUAAAUACUGGUAUACAACAACAAUCAAGUAUAAGAAGAGCAUCAAUUAUGCAAAAAUAUAUGGGUGAAAUAGAAUUUACUGGAUUAAAUCAAACAGCUAGAUUUUGUAAAUUAAAUAGUGAUACACCAGAUUCUAUAUUACGUGAUAUACUUAAACGUAAAUGGGGUUUAAAACCGCCUACAUUAAUUAUUACUGUAUUUGGUACAGAUUUUGAAAAGAAAAGAAAAUUAAAAAUGAUUUUUAAAAAAGGUUUAUGGAAAGCAGCUGAAAGUGGUUGUUGGAUUGUAACAGGUGGUUUUCAUUUAGGAGUAAUGAAGCUAACUGGUGAAGCUGUACGUGAUUAUACAGAUGCUUAUGGUGGUAAUCGAAUGAUGGCAUUCGGUGUAGCAAGUUGGGAUUGUGUAACAAAAAAUGAAAUACUUGAAGCAGCUUUACAUGAGGGUACAGCAGUGUAUCAAUCUGAAGAAGAUGAAGAAGAAGAGGCUGAAGAUAGUGAACCAAUUUUAGUUGAUCCAUUAUCACAAGGCGGUAUAAAAUCUGUUCGUAGUGAUAUUGAAGAACGUGCCCUAGAUCCUAAUCAUAAUUUUUUUGUUUUAGUCGAUGAUGGUACAACUGAUCAAUUAAAAGGUAAAGAAGCUGAACUACGUGCAAGAUUUGAAAGAUGUAUAUCAUUAUGGAAUUGUGCUAGAAGUCCACAAGAACAAACAACAACUGUUACAAGUCAACAAAGUGGACCUAUAAGUUCUACAACACAUUUACAACAACCACAAAAUGGUAUUUCUACAUCAUCUAAUGUUAAUAAUAAUGUAAACUCAAGUGGAUUACAAAGACAAGGUAGUACUAUGGGUGGACAAGCUAGUACAACAUCUGGUCCACAAACAAGUGCAACAUCAAUUGGUAAAACGUCUGCAAUAACAGGUGGUUCUUCUAGUAAUUCUGCUCUAAGUAAAGGUGUUAGUGAACCAGUAGUCAGUAAUCAACCUAUAUCAACUGCAUCUGUUACACGUGGAGCAAAGGAUAAACUUACUACUGAUUCAAGUCUUAAACCAGCAAAAAGUGGAAAAUCUGUUGGUAGUGAAGAAGAAAUUUUAGUUCCAAUGUGUGGAUUAGUUGUAGGCGGUGAUCGAUUUACACUACGUCAAGUUUAUUGUUCAAUGAUACGAAAUCGUUGUCCAAUUGUUGUUACAAAGGGUACAUCUGGUGCAGCUGAUGUAUUAGCAUUUGGAUUAGAUGCGGCGAAUAAAAUGGCUUCUGAAGAAGUUGUUGAUGAUAAAGAUCAAGUACCAUUGGAGGCUAGACUUGAAUCAAUCAUUGAAGAAUUUCUUGGUGAUUUACAUCCAGAUUAUACAAAUUAUACUGAUGAAGUGAAUAUGUUAUGUGAAAUUAUAAAUGAAUAUACAAAUUUAGUAUCAGUAUUUGAUAUGGAAGAAGAUUCUGAUUUAGAUGGUUAUGUUAUCUCUUCAUUACUUGCUAGUGCCGGUUCAACAGUUGCAUCAGAUCAAAUUAAUUUAGAACAAUUAGAGAUCACAUUAACAUUGAAUCGUGCUGAUAUUGCACGUGAGAAAAUAUUUUUAGAAAAUAAAAAAUGGAAAAAAGGUCAAUUAAAUGAUUAUAUGUAUCAGGCAUUAAUGAGUGAUCGACAUGAUUUUGUUAAAUUAUUCUUAGAACAAGGUUUUAGUUUAGAAGAUUUUUUAACAAUUUACAUGUUAGAAAAAUUAUAUACGGAUCAAUUAAAAAAUCUGAAUUCAAAAGUAGCCAUUUUUAAUAAAAUGUGGGAAUAUAAUCGUUCACAUCGAAAACUAGGCAGAACUGUAUCCAAAGAACACAAGACAUCUAAAGUGGCUUUACGUGAUGUUGGUAAAGUGAUCAAAGCAUUAGUUGGUGAUUUUUAUCAUCCUCUUUAUUUAAGUAAAGAAUUUCAAGCCAAAUUAAUGCCUGAAAAAAGGCUAGAAGGAGCUGGAGGUAGUUUAUUUGAUAUACAUUUACAUGAUUCCUAUGGUGUUGCCUUUUUGUGA